CCAACCGUUUGUUACAAGAUGGCGGAUCGAGGACCCAGUAUUUUUGAUUUUCCAAGUUUGUUUCAAACGUAAGUGUAAAUUACGAAUAAAGGAGUCGCAUUAUUCAUAGAUCUUUGGAUUAUUGUGUUAAAUUUAAUUAUGUUCCUAAAGUAUUAAGGUUCAUCUGCAUGAUUUCAAUGUUUAAACAAAUAAAAUAUAAAAGCCUACUCCAUUCUUUAGUUCAGUGGCAGUGGUGAGUGAUUCAUAAUCGUACACUUACUCAGACUUUCUGACUUAGUCAUGGGCGUAGGUACUUUGAUAAAAAAAAAAAAUUGUAAAAAUAAACCAAUGGCAUAGUUGAGUAGAGCUAAUUUUGUACAAAAUUCGAACACCAAAAUCAUAUUUUUAGCUGUUGUCAUAUUGGUAGACUAGGACUCAAAAUAAUUUUAAUAAUGUUAGUGUUAGCAAUUAUAGAUAAAUUGUAGCUUAUCUAACUAUGCACUAUUUAUAUCAGUUAAUUUAAUAUAAUGUAUUAAUAUAUGGCUUUUCUGUUUACCAAAUCUACGACGUCAAAUACCGAUAUAUGAUAUAUAUUAUAUAGUUAAGUUAUUAUAAAAUACUUAGAAUACAGUCUAUAUAAUAAGGCAACUCAUGCCCAAACUACUAAAAUACUGUUUGGGAACUAUUGAACUUUCAACCUUGGUACAUGACUAAUUAAUUAAAGCUUUCCCUGACCUAGUUUAAUAGUUUUUGCACACGGCAAACUUUUAUGAAGGAAAACUCUGAGAUAGUAGUAAAAAAUAGCCAUUAAGGCCAUUAUGAUAAUGAUUAUGCAAGUCACCGUGAAUGGCCGCCAUGACAUUUUGCACACAGCAAAUUAUGAUCAUUUAUAAUAUGGACUCUCCCGGGUUUUUUACCCUCAAAUUAAAACAGUAUUCUUUCAAUAACAUUUAAGUUCAUUCUAAAACAUAAGAUAUCAAAUAUUUGAUGUAAAUAGUGGAAAUAAUUGAAUAUUUCCUAAGUCCUUAGUAACGGCAUCUUCCUAAAUAAAAAAUGGGAAGGCCACUUCCUUAUCAAAAUUAGGGUGAGCUACAUUACCAUACAGGGGUUUACUCAAAUGAGCAUAACAAGUGACAGACAUGUCCUAACUCAAUGAGAAUUGACACAAAUACACAUCGAUAGAUAUUACAGAAUAAGAUUUUUUUUAAAGACAUAAAAGUUGAACUUCUAUAUCAAUUUUAUAGUGAAAGAUGCCUUAUAUCUAAAGGGUAAUCUCAAAAUACAGGUCGAUUGAAAAAUUAAAACAAAUCAAUGAAAAUGUAGGCCAAGAUGUCUACCUAAAUUUAAGGCCGGAAACGGAACUCAAAUAUAUGUCGAAAGUACUCAUUUAAUAAUAAAUAGACACACACAUUGGAAAAUUAAAAGCUCUGAUUUUUGGGCGCCGAUUUCCAUUUUCGAUGCACAAAAAGUAGUAGUCCCCCUUGUUUCAUCGAAGUACCAACAUUAUGUGACCCAAUCCCGCUGUUCGCAUCACGAGGUAUAUUACUCUCUUUUUAAGUAUAAGUUUAAUCGACUUUUAUUUUCAGAACUAAUGCUGUAUUAAAAAAUAAUUUUAAUAAUGUUAUACAAGUAUAGAUAAAUUGUAGCUUAUCUAACAUUGCACUACGUAUAUCAUUUAAUUUAAUAUAAUGUAUUAACAUAUGGCAUUUCUGUUUACCAAAUCUUUGGCGUCCAUUAUAUCGGUAUAUGCUAUACUAUAUAAUUUAUGAGGCAACACAUCCCCUUAUUACUAAAAUACUGUUUAGGCGCUAUUUAUUUUGAACUUUCAACUUUGGCACAUGACUAAUUAAUUAAAGCUUUCCCUGACCAAUUAUUUUUGCUCACAGCAAACUCUUAUGAAUGAAACUCUGAGAUAAUACUACUGUGUAGCCAUUAUGCAAGUUGCUGUAAAUGGUUGCCCAUUACAUCAUUUUGCUCACAGCAAACUAUGAUCAUUUAUUAUAUGGAAUCUACUGGGUUUUUACGCCUCAAAUUAAAAUAUUCUUCUAUAAAUUACUUCUAAUUUUAUUCUAAAAAACAAAUUAUAAAUAUUUUGAUGUACAUAUUGGUAAUAAUUUUAUAAUUAAAUAGUUCCUAAGUAUCAGCUUCUUCUGCCAUUAAAAAGAAGGUGCGUGUUCAAAAUUGGACUGGAAGCCUUAUGAUAAUGCAGGUUACUGGGGCAAGCAUAAUGAACGUCAGACACAACCUAUGUCAAUGAGAACUGGUACAAAAAUAGAUCCAUAUAUAAUUCUUAUUAGAAUUUAAUAUGAAGACAUGAUCAUAAGUUCACAAACUUUUUAGGAAAAGAUGCCUAAUAUAUAUAUAUAUAUAUAUAAAUAUAUUUAUAUAUAUAUAUUUAUGAAUUUUGAAAGUUAAGGUCGAUCAAAAAGACAAAACAGUACUUUGGAAUGUAGGUCAAGGAUACCACAAUUUUUUAUAAAAAAUAAUCCUUUUAUAAACGCAAAAACACUGAUGUCCUCCAAAAAUUAAAAACUUGGAUUCUCCUGCCACAUUGCCCAAACAAGUUUUUAGUAGUCUCCCUUUAUUUGCCGAAGUAGCUACUAUACUAUAAGCUUUGAAAAAUACCAAUUUCAUCUUUCUAUGUUUUAUAGAAAUAAAGUUAUGAUUUUUUGGGGGAAAUUUUUAUACACCCUUAUUAAUCUUUGUAUUUAACUGUGAAAACUUGUGAAAGACUUUCCAAAUUUCUACCUUAUUUUGUCCACAACUUUUUAAUUUUACAAUAUCAUGCUACCUAAUGUUGAGAAGACUUUCUCAGUGCAAUAUACAACACAAUGAACAACAAAAAUGUUUCAUAACAUCAAGACUGUAUUUUGAAUAAUUUUAUUUUCAAUUAUGUUAAGAAAAACGUGAACUGAAAAAUUGGAAAAAUCAUUAUUUAUAAAGGAAAAAACAGACAAAUAACAUGUUUAUUCAUUUUAACUAAUUAGAUGCUUGUGUUAAAUUUCAAAUAAAUUCUUAUAUUUAUAAAAAAGGUAAGUAAAUCUUUUUUAUACAAAAUUGAAUGCAUGUAAUUAUAAAUGAAAUUACUCAAAUAACAUCACCCAUAAGAUUAAUCGAAGCAUACCAGUAUAUGAUUAAAUUUAAAAGGUUAUGGGGAUAUUCUUCCUGUCAUUUUCUAUUUAAACUGGUCUUCAAACUGCUUGGUCUUGUUGAUGAAUCUACAAACUCUCCUUCAUAAACUUUUUAUUUUUCAUCUACAUCCAAACUUACCUCCUUGUGGAAAAUUUUUACUUGUAGCUGAAAUAAGCCUAGAAAUAACAUCUGAUCAUAUUCAAUCAUAAUUCUGAAUCUACUCAGUUUCUUAUUUCUUGUUAAUAUUAUUUAAGUUUUGUGUUUAUUGAAACUUGUGUUUUUCUAUAUCAUUAGCCGUACAUUAACAAUUAAUUAAAAUUUAUAUUUAAAUACCUUAUUAUUUAUUUAAUUUCAAAUACAAAUUAGAUUAAAUUAGGCCUUUAAGCUCAGUUGUCAGUUGUAAUAGAAUAGUAUUAGUUCAUAAUGCUUAAUUUAGCACUUAGCUUAGACUUUGUCGACUUUGACCUAAUUUUUAGUUCUAAGUAUCAAGAAUUCCUAGGCUUAGGCCCAAAAAUAUUAAAUAUAGUUAAAUUGUAGGUCUAGAAAUAGUAGGUGGAAGCAAGCUUAACUUAAAUUUUGUGUGUGUUAUUGCUUUCUGUAUUCUAAAAUUAUAAUUUAAUUAGAUUUAAAGAUUAUAGAAUAUUAAAAUUCUCUUAUUGAUUGCUAUCAAGAGCUGAUUAGGUGAUGGGCCAGGUUAUGACUUGUUAAAGGGCUAACAUUAAGGGAAAAGGGUAAAUUGACUGUAUCAAAAUCAUUCCCGAUCCAAUUAAAAUGGUUAGCAAACGGCAUUUUUAUGCUUCCAAUGAUAUUAAAUCACUAAAAACAGUAUUUGAGAUAUUUAUAGCUUACCAGUAGUCAAAGUGACACAGCAACAAACAAAAAAACAAGGUUUCCCUCUUUGGGUAAAUUCUUUGAGUGUGACUGUAAGACAAAUAUUUCUUGUAAUCGAUAAAAAAAAACUUUAUGAUUAGAAAACUGUACAGUAGAACGUAAAGUAUCCAGUACACUAUAGAGCAGAUUGUAAGAUGUCCAAGUAAGAAUUUUUGUCAUUUUAGACAUGCGCAGACAAUUUGCAUAAGUGAUCAUCGUGAUGCCUAACAUGUAUCAUACAGAUGAUCAUCCUACUAAAGCUCUGAUCAAACGUAGCAAAUAAUUAAUAACUUUAUUUAGCUUAAUUAAACAUUAAAUGAUUUUCCCUAUUUUAGGAAUUCAUUCGCGCUGUACCGAAUCAAUUUUAAAAAAAAUAUCUGGAAAUUUUCAGACUGCCAAUUUUCACACUUAGAAUCUAUGGACUUUAAGUUGGUCCAUUUCAUGUCUUAUCAUCGUUUCCAAUAGUUCCACUUUAAAAACUUUUAAACCAACAUAAUGUAACCACUGAUUUAUUUUGGGAAAGGCAUUUAUCGAAACUUGACUCUACCUCAGUUCAAGUGGCAUCACCAUAGAUUCAAACACUGAUGAAAACUCGAAGGCUUGCAUACUUGAGAGAAAAAAAGGAUGUCUUAAGAAGAACCUUGUCAUUGCAUUUUUGAGGGGGUGUGGAAAGGGGGUGGGGGCAAAAAAAAAGCUGUUUAGUUUUACAGAGUAAUUAUAAAUACAAAUUUGUUUGAGUUGUCAUGAUACUGAACAUAACAUACUUACGAGUGAAAAUAAUAUAAGUACAUUGUGAUCAGGGUAUGAGUGAAACUUUAAAGUUGUGACAUUCAAGCCCUUGCAAUUACAGUUUUCCAUCUAGUAUGUCAUAACCCUAGGCUAGGUCAAAUGGAUAGGAUUAAAGUCUUAAAGGUAAUAACUUAUUCAAUUUCUUUCCUAACUCCUUAAGACUUGAAUAUUUUUCUGCUUCCACUGAAACUUAUAACUGAACAUUGCGGCUCACUUUGGAUAUUAAAUCCUUUUCCCAUUAAUCUAAAAUAUCAACCGGUUAAAAUUUACCUCAAAUCCUGGAUCUUGAUGGUAUCAGGUAACAUUGAGAUAUCCAAACAGUUUGUUAAUGAGGGAAGGGGCUGGGAACUAUAGAGGUUUUAGGUAUAAUUUAAUAUAUAUUUUAGUUUUGCUUUUAUGUAAGAGACUUCUUAAUUCUUAACAUAUAUCAACUUCCUUUUUUUUUUUGUUUUUUAAAUUUAUGUUUCAAAUUAAGUAUUUCACUACCAGUAUACUUACACAAAAAAAAGUUCAGAUAUUUAUAAAGCUGUCAAAGAAAGAUAAUGUUAGCCAUGUAAAAUUAGAAAAAAUUGAAGUGUCAUUGCACCACACGUGAUUGGCAUUGCAACUAAUGUUAACAACACAUGAAAGCAAAAAUAAUAUCUUUGCCAGUUCAUCUGAUUUCGAUUUAUACACUUUUCUAUUUUUUGUCAUACCGGUAGCACACAAGGGACUUUGUUCUCAGAAAGCUUAAAUCAAAUUUGACAUUACUGCCCCCUAGGGACUUUAUUUGUAUUUAUUUUCUUGUAGCUGGAAGGUUUGUGUGAGUGUGUGUUGAACGUGCUCAGAAACAAGUACAUUGAUCAAUGGUUGCCAUGGUUUCAAAGUACCAAGAAUAAAAUGGCCGGCAUGUUGUUCUGUGUCUUGGUCUCAACUUGUGAUUAAAGUUAAUGCAAACAUUUCAGUCCAGCUAUAUUGCAAAUUGUAUGAUUGUUUGGUGUGAUUUUUUUUGAUGUGAUUGUUUGGGGUUAUUGUUGAAAUGGUGGUCGGUUUAAAUUCACUUUCUGUCCUUUCAGUUCCACUUCAGCGGUUAUUCGUCACUUGAGCAAUUAUGAGGACAGUCUGUGGGACACACCUGCAAGCAUCAAGCAAGCUCUUCUACGCCUUAUGAGCAAAAGAGGCCUCAUCACAGAUCAGAACAUUGAUAAGGUUUGCAUUUAAAUGAGAUGAGCAGUUGGUCAGCUGUGCAGAUGGGAUUUGAUUUAGUUAACUUUAAAAAGCUUGUUCCAUUCUUUAGUAACAUUUUACAACUGUGCUAGGGGUGAUGUUAUUUAUUGCUAUUGUGCAAUGUGUUUGAACUACAUUACAUCAGGUGCUCCACUCUCGACUGCUGUCGCUGGAUCUAAGUAGCAGCAAAGUGACUGACCAAUGCCUCUUCAAGUUAUCUAGAAUGAAACAGUUGUUUAAGAUUGAUCUCAACUCCUUCAAAGUACCUAAUGAAACAAUUACAUCGGCAGGUAUAAUGAGAUUUAUUAGACCUUAAAAUACUGCAGUAAUAAUCAUUUAGUAGUUAUGGAACAGUAAUGCAGUGCAGUCUUUUACUUGAUUGGUUAAUCAUUAAGAUUAGUAACCUAGCCCGAUAGUGCCACUUUUUAUUAUGUAUUAAUCUUAUUUCAGGUAUUAUAAGUCUCUCCGAGUCCUGUCCCAAUCUUCAAAUUGUUUACUUGCGAAGGAAUGUCAACUUGACUGAUGAAGCUGUCCUAGCUUUGUCCAGAAAUUGUCCUAGGUUAUGUGAGCUUAAUGUUGGUGGGUGUUUGCUGCUAACAGACAAUUCUCUAGUGGCUUUGGGUGAGAACUCACAUUACCUCAGGUCCUUGAACAUCACAUUAACACAGGUAGGUGGGCUAAAUUUGCUGUGAGCAUGCUAAAGUAGCAUGGAUACAUGCUAAAGUAGCAGGGAUACAAGCGCUAUAUAAGUGUUCAAUCAAUCAAUCAAUCAAAUUGCAUUUUAUACGUAUAUCAUGAGCAAGUCAACUAAAAAUUGAAUUUUAUAUCUAUAUUUUAAGAUGAAUCAUUGGUUUUCAUCGGCUUUACGUUAGACUGGACAUCAAUGUAUAAACUACUCAUUCCAAUAAAUCUGUUGAUACUAAAGAGAUGUAGUUCAAAUUUAGCUUUAUUUUAACUAUGUUUUGAUUGCUUUCAUUAAACAUCUGUGAGGAUUAAGAGCUUUGCCUUUUCUUCUUGUCUCUUUCAUGAAAAUAUCAUAAGUAUAUACUUCUUCAAAUAAAAAAUCAAAGCCCUUCAGGCAGUUUAAAAUUUAAAAAAAACUUUUAAACUAUUUUCAUCCAGCCUCCUUGUUGUGAAAAUAUAUUAAUUAAGAGUCACAGUGAUUAGCGAAGUGGCUAAUUACAGAUUAGAUGGCUCUUCUUUACAGCUAUUACAUGAUUAAGAAAUGAAAAUAGUUUUUACAAAAUAUUUCUGAGUUGUAAAAAAAAAAAGAACACCAUUUAUUGACCUUCUGAUUAAUAUUUGUAAUCCUAAGGUCAUAAAUUUUGUCUUCAUGCUUUGACCUGUCCAAUUUGUUUCAAUUCAGGUAUCAGAUUCAGGUAUUCACAGUUUAUGUCAAGGCUGUUGUUCAAAGGUGAUAACAGUAAGUUGGGCAAUGAAACCAAUUUAGAAACACUUUUUUUUUUUUUUUAAGUAACAGGAAAGAAUUUUGAUAUCAAGUAAGAAUAUGUUUAAUGAUUGGAAAGUUGAGCAUCUUACUGUUGAAAAUAAUUUGGAAGAAUGAAUAAGCUGCUUGUUGUGUAAGAUCAUGACACAGUUCCAGAUUUUGAUAUUGAUAGUUUAUCAAAUAAUUCAAUGUUGGCAUCCAUUUGUAAAAUGGGAUAAGAAAAAGGGUAUAAAUUAUACAUGUGUUUUUCUAGUAGAGUUCCAUUUUUUUAAAUUCAAUUUUGGAACUAUGAAUAUUUGAGUUGAAUGUUCUUGAAAAUUUUUAUCCACAAAACAAUUUUAGUAAAUAACUUUUAUAGCAGUAUGCCGCUUUAGCCCAAUACUUGAAACAUGGGUUGAUAGACAAAACAUAGGUUAAUACUCAAAAUAUAAGUAAUACACAAAACAAAGGUUGAUGUUGGUACACAAAAUAUAGGUGGUACGCAAAACGUAGGUGAAUAAACACAAAAUUGGUUUGAAGCACAAAACAUAGGUUGAUACAAAUACAUAUACAAAUGGCUUGAUACACCAAAUGUUUACAACUUGCAAUCAGAGAAUUUAUUUACUACAUUUCUAGGUGAUUAAUAUGUAAUUGGAUUUAAACAAUUUUUUAAUGAAAAAUAUUUAUCUAUAAAUAUUUUAUAUUUAUUUUUCCCGGGUACAACAAUGUGAAUAGCCAAAAAUGUCAGUGUAAUAAUGUUCAAAACAACAUUGAAUGUUCAUUUUAACGAAUGAUUACAGAAUGACCAUUGAGAUGAUCUUUUGAUCAGUUUAUGAACACAAACCGUUUUAAUGUUAAAAUGAAACAUUGGCGAACAAGAUUGUUCGUGUGCUUGGCGGACUCUGGGGUCCAGCUUCAUUUUAAUAAGUACCAAAAACUAUCCACAAUUUGAUGUCCAUAAUGAAAUUAUAAAGGAUUGCUUUUGUUGACCAUCAGGAAGGAAUUUAAGUCAGGACAUUGUGAGCCAAGGGAAGGGGAGAUUAUUUACUAAUUGUACAUUGCAUUAGUGACACAGAUAGUAGUCAGUUAUUAGCAUAUAAAGAACACAGUCUGCUUGUACCACAUCGGUUACAUGUGCACUACAUCGGUUACAUGUGCACCAUAUCAGUUACAUGUGCACAUCAAAAGUUAAAAAAAUGCUAACAAUUUAAAAACAUAUUAUCUAUGUUUUACUCUCAUUAUAAUUUGUUGUUUUUAUAAAACUAUGAUCAAAUGUCGUUUUUUAAAAUAAAUGAAUGUUUUUAUUAACAGAUGUCCUGUAGAAAUGAGAUACUUUAAUUAUUGCUUGUCAUAAAAUACUACAUGCUUAGGUCAAGGGCUGUGAUUAGCCAGUCCUCAUUGGUUUCAAGACAGCUCUAAAAAUAGAUGUGCUUAUAAUUGUUGCCAAUGAUCUAAGAAUUUUAACGUCUAACAUUAGGAAAAUCAACUUUGGGAGUGUUUAUUUUUAAAAAAAAUGAGAUUUCUACAUUUGAUAAUUUGCUAGUCUGGAAAAGGGAAAUCUUUGUCCUGUUCCUUGACAUAUUUACUGAGGAAAAGAUAUGUCACAGAUUAAUAAAGAAAUUUUAACGAUUUAUUUUAGGAAAUUGACAUAAGCGGCUGUGGGAAUCUAACGGAUGAUUCUGUAGAGAUGCUCUUAAUGCUCUGUCCUAAGAUAAGGAUUCUACUUUUUGAACGGUGUCCAAGCAUUACAGGUAGGCUACUUUUUGAACGGUGUCCAAGCAUUACAGGUAGGCUACUUUUUGAACGGUGUCCAAGCAUUACAGGUAGGCUACUUUUUGAACGGUGUCCAAGCAUUACAGGUUGGCUAAUUUUUGAAUGGUGUCCAAGCAUUACAGGUUGGCUAAUUUUUGAACGGUUUCCAAGCAUUACAGGUAUCGGUAGGCUACAUUUUGAACGGUGUCCAAGCAUUACAGGUAUCGGUAGGCUACAUUUUGAACGGUGUCCAAGCAUUACAGGUAUCGGUAGGCUACAUUUUGAACGGUGUCCAAGCAUUACAGGUAUCUGUAGGCUACAUUUUGAACGGUGUCCAAGCAUUACAGGUAUCGAUAGGCUACAUUUUGAACGGUGUCCAAGCAUUACAGGUACCGGGGUAGGCUACUUUUUCUUGCACUUUCUAAAAAAUGUCAGCAUUUGACUAACUUGAUUCUAAAUUCUGGUUUAUUGUAGAAAUUCAGUCUCUACAAUGUCGAUGUAAGUUCAGAGAAAUGAGGAUUUAGCAAUUCUUGAAGUGAAAUUUGAUUGCUAUUUAGAAAACCUGGUCAUGAUAGAAUUAAGUAAACUGUCACUGUCAAGGUCAUUGGAAUCAUGAGUUAAUAUCUGAGCCAAGGAGGUUAAAGGUUUAUACGUUAGUCCUUGAACAUAAAAUAAGUAAUUAGAGCUCUGUUAAAGUAACUAUUUGAACAACAGAUCUAUAUAAUAAGUAAUUAGGGCUCUGUUAAAGUAACUGAACAACAGAUCUAUAUAAUUAAUUAGAGCUCUGUUAAAUUAAUUGUUUGAACAACAGAUCUAUAUAAUAAGUAAUUAGGGCUCUGUUAAAGUAACUGAACAACAGAUCUAUAUAAUUAAUUAGAGCUCUGUUAAAUUAAUUGUUUGAACAACAGAUCUAUAUGAUAAGUAAUUAGAGCUCUUAAAUUUAUUGUUUGAGCUACAUAUCUGGACUUAUUUUCCAACCGUAGCUGAUUGAUCAAAUGUUGUGUGGAUGUCACAAAAUUAGGGUGUGUGUAUAUUGUGAUUAGAAGUGACAAAUAGAGUGAAGAUGAAAUAUGACUAGAGAUGAAGAGCUGAAGAUUAAAUGAUAAAAUGUGACUAUUGCUGAAAUGUAUGCAGGUUAGGGAACACCAAUGUAGUCAAAUGAUAUCACUAAGAAAACACUUGAGUCAUUCUAUAGACUAGCCUAGAGUAGAAUAGACAUUGUUAGCUAGAGUUGGACAUGGUGUAAACAAACCAGUUUGACCCUGUUAACCUGGCGUUUGAUGAGUUCUGCCGAGGUACUUUUGCCUCAAUUUGACAUCCCCCAACUACACCGACAAUACUAAUACACUGUCAAGAAACUAUCCCCUUACAGCAACACACAUUGGAGAUGACACACACAUUGGAGAUGACACGCACAUUGGAGAUGAAACACACAUUGGAGAUGACACACACAUUGGAGAUGACACACACAUUGGAGAUGACACACACAUUUGAGAUGACACACACAUUGGAGAUGACAAGCACAUUUGAUAUGACACACACAUUGGAGAUGACACACACAUUGGAGAUGACACACACAUUAGAGAUGACACACACAUUGGAGAUGACAGACACAUUGGAGAUGACACACACAUUUGAGAUGACACACACAUUGGAGAUGACAAGCACAUUUGAUAUGACACACACAUUGGAGAUGACACACACAUUUGAGAUGACACACACAUUGGAGAUGACACGCACAUUUGAUAUGACACACACAUUUGAGAUGACACACACAUUGGAGAUGACACACACAUUUGAGAUGACACAGACAUUGGUUGAUUGUUAGAUUGACAUUUGAACCAUAAAGCCAGGCAAUGAAGGGAAAUUAUUUUUUUUUAUAAUUAGGUAUAUUGUUUAAUAUUUUAUUUCUCAUAAAUUUGUUUAUUAUUGAUUUAUUAUAUUUCUCAUAUAUUUGUUAGGCUUUUUUGACUUUUUAAAGGUCUUUUGUUUUUCAAACCGUGACUCACGAACUAAAAGUAAAAGCACGAAGAACUUUGAUGUUGAUGUAAAGAAAUAUCAUUUAUUAAUUGGUUUGAUUCCAGAAAAUUCCAGGCUAGCCCUGAACGAGAGGCUCAUCUCCACACACGGAGCCAAGAUGAAACAAGUUUCUUGGACUGUUUACUGAAAGACUUGUUGUCGAGACUCUUCACAAGUUAUUGAUCUGAUCAGCAUCUUAACCAAUCUGUGAUACAUUGGAAAUCUCAGCACAUGGCCAAAUUAUUGAAUGACAGAAUUUUAAGACAGAACACGUCAAGACAAUGGUCAUUUUUUGAAUCGACUUUUAUAGACAGAUAACAGAAUUGAUUCCAAAAUUAACGUAUACUUAUAGAGAAGAAACGGACCAAAAAAAACAAAACAAAUGAAAAUAGAUUCUUUGAAUGAAAUAUCCAAUGACAUAAUGUUAUUUUGUCGUCCAAUAUUUGGUAAUGUAUUAGGUAAAUAGCAUAAUGAUUUCUUACUUUAAACAGCGGUAAUUCACAACAAUGUUAACAAUUUAAGCUGAUGUUGGUUAGUCCAAACAGCUAAGACCAGUGGCAGUUGUACAUAUUUGUUUUAACCAGGGACUUCAGUUUUCAUAAAGGUGUUAAGUGAAAUCAUUGUUGAAUGGCUGUAGACAGAAUGGGAAAGGCAAGUUUCAUUUGAUCAGCAAGAACAGUAAUGUAAAUUAAAAAAUUGCUAAAAACGCAUUAAGUAAAGGACUUUGUGAAGAAGUUGAAGUUUGUAACAAAUAAGAUUGAAUCUCAUUUUUAUUUGUUGGGAUUUAAAAGUAGGUUACAGAAAACUGAAAUAGGUAACCAAACAUCACAUUGCCUGGAUACACUAUGGGCGGGGGAUGUCGUUUGACACUUUUCUUGACGUAGAAGGAUGAAAUGUUACUGAAGUGUCUUUAGUGUUAGUGUUAGGCUGAGGGUAGGGAAAUCUGGGUCAGAUUAUUUAGAUUUUUGUACUGCCUUAAUAAUACAAGGAGCUUUUCUUUGCUAUUGUUCUAUAUAUAUACAUAGUAUGAUUUGUACAAAUGUUUAUAGCAUUACUUUAUAUACCAUGACGAUUUGGUUUAUUUUAUGUCAAUUUUAUUAAUAAAAUCUCAAGUGUUUUACUCGAACAGAGCAUUGCUUUUGAAAUAUUUCAAUGUGUUACUUUGGACAUCAGGGUUGGUGCCAAUUUGAAGGAUCACUACAUUUUAUUGGUAAC